AAAAAUAAAAAAAAAUCGAAAAAGUGAAAAAAAAUUUUUGUUGACUAAACCAUCAAAAAAAUGAGGAUUUUCGGAGUUGCUGUUGCUGUUGUCAUCUUAGCACUCUCAUGUCAUGCCAUUGACAGUGAAGAGUCAGCCGAUCGAGAUGACUUUUACGAUUCACGAGAGCGCAUCCUAGAAGAAAAUUACCAUGGAUUAAUAAAAGAAAAUGAGACAUUUGUUGAAAUAACACCAGUAAUUAAAGUCGAUGAGGAGAAAGUCUGUCGACUUGAUAUCGUCAAGAAACAGAAGGAUAUUCCGUUCAAGAUCAAGCUUGAUAGUGGCGUUGGCAUUUUGGAAUCGAAACGUGCACUCAACUGUGAGAAGAGGAAGAAUUACAAAUUCGAAAUUGUUGCUGUCAUGUGCGAUGGAUCGCAUUCGGAGAAUGCAAACGUCCACAUCUCAGUCGUAGACAUCAAUGAGUACUCACCAACAUUCCUCCAGCCAUCAUACGUCACCGAAGUCGAUGAAGGUCGUCUCUAUCAAGAAAUCUUAAGAGUUGAAGCUACUGACAAGGACUGCACUCCAUUAUUCGGUGAUGUCUGCAAGUAUGAGAUUCUCACACUUGAUCAGCCAUUCACAAUCGAUAAUGAAGGUUCAAUCAGGAACACUGAGCCAUUAUCACAUAAAAUCAGUCACAAUCACAUCUUGUCUGUUGUCGCUUACGAUUGUGCUAUGAAACAGAGUGCACCAGUCAUGGUUAAUAUUCGCGUACGAAGGAUUUGUGAGCCAAAGAUCAGUGGAAUUCCAGAACGACUUGAUUACACAUCCAACAGCAUGGAGAAAGUUUUCCUCUUCCCAAAAUUACAUUUGGAACUUUGUGACAUGAAAUGCAAAGGUGAAGACAUGCUGAUCUCAUCGACAGUCAGUCUUAAGACUAAGCAUAUGGCAUUUGGAUGUGAUCGUGACCUCAGCAAAUGUGCAGCUAAGAACUCAAUGCAAGAACUACUCAGCAAAGGAAGUGACUUUACUAAGGAACUAAUUACAGACGAUGGAGUCGAGAACAUAUUCCAUUUUGAUGGAACGAAUGGCGCUGUCGUACCAAAGAGUGUUGUUGACGUUGAUGGACUUUCAGCACAUCCAUUCACUAUAUCAACAAUGUUCAGGCAUCAUAGUAUUGUCAACAAUGAUAAAUUGACUAAGGAACAUGUCAUUUGCUCAGCUGACAGUCACAAAAUGAAUCGACAUCACUUUGCCUUAUUCGUUCGUCACUGCCGCCUCAUUCUACUUUUACGCAAGAACUACAAUGAUGGAGAUUUGAACAUUUUCCUUCCGGCUGAAUGGCGUUGGAAGAUUCCUCAAGUCUGCGAUAAUGAAUGGCAUCAUUAUACAAUCACAGUCGAAUCUCCAAAAGUUGAAUUGUUUAUUGAUGGAAUAAAGUUUGAGGCAGAUCAGGAGGAUAAGCACAGUAAUCCGGAAGUGAUUGAUGAUUGGCCAUUACAUGCGGCUCAAGGCAUCAAUACGACGUUGACAAUUGGCGCAUGUUAUCAAAGCAGUGAAAAUAGACUUAAGCACGGCUUCCGUGGGGAUAUUUCAAGCAUUAAACUUAUUUCAAGACAGGCAUUAAGUGAAGAAGAUAUCCGAUGUGGAAUGAAUUGUGCUGAAAGACUGUUGUCGCCAGAUGAGAAAUUGAUGGAACCAGAACAACAAGUACAGAUGAAUAGUGAGAUGAAUGAGGUUGUUAUUGAAGGAUCAAAUCGUCAGAAUGUUGAGAAGCUUCUUCAGAAGAUUCAGUACAUCAAUGACAAGGAAAACCCGACCCUAGGACGACGAAACAUUCAAGUCUCAACAACAGUCAGCUGUCCAAUGAAGAAGGCUGUACGUCUGCCGUCAAUUGACUCAUUCAUCAUGAUUGUUGAUGGCGAAAAGCACCAAAAUGUCACAGACCAUGAAACACCAACAAUAACAACAGAUUAUCAAGAAAUUAAUCCUCAAUUGACGGAAGAGCAACGCCCACAAAUUGUCAUAUCCGGCAAUCAGAACAACCUUGUAUCAUAUCCGGACAUCAAAUCGGGUGUUAAAUUUUUGGAUAGCUUGAAUAUUGUUGUGUACAUAAAUGAUCAGAUCUUGGAGAACUUACAGAAGUUGGACUCAUGCAGUGUCAAUGUUUUCCCUAAUUUGAAUGCUGAUCACGAGGAGAUUACUAUGUCAAAGCAAAACCACGACCACGACCUCUCACCAAUCCUCGACAUCAAGACAACAAUCAACAAAGAUGGCGUCGAAAUGAUUGGAUACGACACAGUCACAAAUUAUCUUCGAAUCCUUCGUUCCCUUAUCUACAUCAACCGCAAGCCAGCUUACUAUCUUAAUCGAGUAUUUAAGCUUUCAUGCUCACAACUUGGCGAUCGAUUCCGUUCAGCUGAAUUUACAUUGACAUUGACUGUUUUACAUCCAAAGCAGCCAACACUAGCACCAUUGCCAGUAGUGACUGAGAAGCCUGCCGUAGCUGCUCGUGAGCAUGACUCAUCAAAUAUGUUUGCACAUGUGUUGCUGCAUCCACAGGAAGCAAAUGAACCGCAUGCAAAGACCUCACAUAUGCAACGUGUUAGCAGCGUACAGCACUCGACGAUGUUAAUUAUUGUCAUUUGUGUGUCGUUUGUUUUGUUAAUUUGUGGCGUUGGAAUUGCACGAUUGAGGAAUCAGACGCAAGUCACGAAGAGUAAGAAGGGACAUCAGUCCUGUGCUAAGAAUCCAUCUGAGCAGCAGCUUGACUGGGAUGACUCAGCACUUACAAUCACAAUUAAUCCAAUGCAAAAUGAUAAUCUAACAGAUGAUAGUUCCGAUUCAGAAAAUUCUGAUUCAGAUGAUGAAGAAGUUCUCAAUGGACGUUACAAAAACGUUAGUCAACUAGAAUGGGACAACACGACAAUGUAAAAAGUGUUCUUCAAUCAAACUUAAAAAAAACUUUAAAAACAAGUCACAAAAAAUCUGUUUUUUUUUUUUUAUUUUAAAAAAGUUUCUUUCCAAUCCGAACAAAGCAAAGCAAAUUUUCUCGUCAAACUCGCGUCCAUUCUUCAAAACGUAAAUAGAAAAAGUAAAUAAAUAUUUUUAAGAAAUCAAAUAGCAGUGGAUGGAUAUGGCUUACAUGUUGAUAUAAAAAGAAUAAAAGUCGAAUAAAAAGGAAGCAAAAAGCGGAAAUAAAAAUCAAAUAGGAAGUAAAUAUGAAAUGAAAUGGCAAAAA